GAGCGAAGCGAGCCAUUUCAGAAUCUGCAGCCACAGUAGACCUAGUCUGUUAUGCAGACUCCUUGAAUCGGCAGUGGUACAGUGCAGAUGUGGGUCUGCAUUUGUAGACUAUAUUCCAUGGGCCAAUAAGCUCAUUGUUAUUUUCUGUUGUUGAUGUCACCCGACAAUACCACGGCUGCAUGCAAAACUAUAUAGACUGACUCACUCAAACAAUAUGGAGCUCAUGCUCAAACAUACCAGGAAGACUGAUUAAUUUUCAUAAGUGCACUCGUCUGUUGAUCCACACACGGUUUUGAAUAGACCGAUGCUCACAAUAAUAGUCAAAACUCCCGGGUCUAACUAAAUACUCAGAGCUAUUUCUGUAAUAGCUCUAUGGUCUUCCUGAUCAAUGUUAUGUAUCAAUGUCGCGGCCGCAUUGGUAGUUGAAAAUUACGCUCGCUGUUCGUUUCUCUAUAUAUAGGCAACACACCUAUACCUAUAUGAUUGUUUUCAUUUUUGCGGUAUAAUACUUAGUGAAACUGCUGGUAAUGCAUGAGGAAGGAAUCAUGAAGUAUAUCGUGGCUAUAUUGUGUGUUCUGUUGAACAUCUCUUCCAAUUCAGCGUUGUCAGAGAAACCAAAUGUGUUAUUCAUCGUGAUUGAUGACUUACGGGCCUCCCUUGAGAGCUAUGGAGGUCCAAUCAUAUCGCCGUACAUCACUGAACUUGCUUCGCGAUCGGCUCUCUUCAGCAACGCCAAAGUGCAACAAUCUGUUUGUGCUCCCAGUCGUGUGUCCUUCUUGACGGGGCGACGCCCAGACACCACUCGGCUCUACGAUUUCGGGUCGUACUGGAGGACGCAUGCAGGGAAUUACACGACACUACCGCAACACUUCAAAGAUAAUGGGUACUUCACCGCAUCCGUCGGAAAGGUUUUUCAUCCAGGUAUUCCUAGUGGUGGUAAUGAUGAUUAUCCCUAUAGCUGGUCGAUUCAACCUUACCAUCCAUCUACACAGCACUACCAAGGAGCUAAGGUGUGUCCCAAUUUGGAUGGCACGCUUCACGACAAUGUCAUGUGUCCGGUCAACGUGAGUGCCAUGCCACUUCAGUCCCUCCCAGACAUGCAGUCUCUGGAGUAUUCAUCAUCAAUCCUGAAGAACCUCUCCGCAGCUUCACAUUCGACGAACGCCCACGGCAGGCCGGAUAAAACCAGUCGGUCCCCUCGGGAUCCGGACAUGCAACCGCCGUUUUUCUUGGCGGUAGGAUUUCACAAGCCGCACAUUCCGUGGAAGUAUCCGGAGGAAUUCAAAUCGCUGUACCCGAUCGAGUCGAUUUCCAUCGCAUCCAAUCCUUCCCGGUCCCCGACCCAGCCAGCUGUUGCCUACGAGGAUUAUUCCACGUUGAGACAGAGGGAUGAUAUCAACGCUUUGAAUAUGAGCUUCCCCAAUGGGACAAUUCCUCUUCAAUUCCAUGCUCCGAUGAGACAGAGUUACUACGCUGCUGCAACCUACACAGAUUUCCUGGUUGGAAAACUCCUUCAGACCCUCAAUGAAACUGGCUUUUCAAACAACACCAUCGUCAUUCUCUUCGGGGAUCAUGGAUGGCAAUUAGGUGAGCAUGCAGAAUGGUGCAAGUACUCCAACUAUGAACUAGCAACGAGGGUUCCUUUGAUCGUUCACGUUCCUGGUCUUACAGACAAACCAAAGUCCUCAUUGCCAAACGUGCAUCAAAGUGCUCUAAAGAUGAAAGACAAUGUGGGAACCAACGCUGACAGUGGCAUGGUUGUUACCGAGUUUGUGGAGCUUGUUGAUCUGUUUCCCACGCUGUCUGAUCUCGCUGGCAUAGAGGUUCCACCUACAUGCCCACCGGACCCUUUCAACGUGACCUUAUGUUCUGAAGGGUACAGUUUUGCCCCUCUCCUGGAGGCAAACUCGAAUGCAAUUCUUGUGGGAAAUGCCACAAAGAAGCUAACUUCUACGCGAUACAGCCGAUGGAAGAAUGCCACGUACAGUCAGUACCCACGUCCAGGGGUGACCCCGACUAGAGAAACAGAUCUACCAAGUCUCAAGGUCAUAACAGUCAUGGGGUACUCCAUGCGUACCAAAGAUCACCACUACACCGAGUGGAUAGGAUUUAAUCAUACAACCUUCACAGGUAAUUGGACCGAUGUCAAGGCAAGGGAACUGUACUUUAAUGACAAAGACUAUGAUCAAAACCACAAUGUGGCGGAUGAUCCAAAGUUCAAGGAUAUCGUCCAGGAGCUCAGCGUUCAAUUGAAGAUGGGAUGGCGCCAAAGCUUACCAGUCCCUGCAUAAAGUCCAGUAGGAUAUCCCUCAUCCUUCAAAUAAUGACAACAUCCAUGAACAAUAAAGCAAUUAGCAAACAAGAUUGAUAUAUACGUUGGGAGGACCCUUUUCCAGGAACAAACUGACAUACUGGCAACUCAUGGUUGGAUUUAUACAUAUUUGCAGUUGGGGGUGAAAUUGAGUCUUUGGUUUACAAUAAAAAUACAUCAGGGCCCCGUUGCAUAAAACUUACUAUUAUAGUAACGGUGCCAUCCAUUGGUAACUUCCCUGAUAUCCUGGAUUCUGAUUGGCUGAUUAGCAUUGUUACCACAUGCAGUUACCGCAAGGGUUCACACAAAGUUUUUUUUCUUGGUGGCCCAAUCGGUCCACCAAGGUCCACCAAAACCAUCAAUUUCAUAUUCUUGGUGGCCACAAAAAAACAAAAAUUACAAUUUAUCAAAACUUUGGAAGCACGGCCGAACCACCAAGUGUGGGCUUUUCAGUAUUCUAGUGGCCCGGCUCUCAUUUUUGGUUGCCCUGGGCCACCAGGCCACUGCCAAUGUCGAGCCCCGAGUUACCAUUGGAUGGCAAAGUUACUAUAAUAGUGUAAUGGGGCCUAGGCAGGUAGCUCAGUUUGCAAACCGAUGGAGCAAUUGGUCCCGAUGGUGAUUUUGUACCUGAUUUCAAUUAUAAAGAAUACAAGAAAUAUUCCAAGAGUUCUGGAAAAUAUUCCACGAAUCGCAGAUGAGUGGAAUAUUGGCCCUAACGAGUGGAAUUUGAAUUCUAUCACUUGCUUUCAUAAAUUUAUGAUUUAUUGUAGCAUUUCAAGUGUUAUAAAACAUUAAUCUUUAACCUUGAAUUUUUGUUAGAUACUGUACGAACAAAAGAGAAAGACAAAGAGGCUGAUACUACAGUGGGCUUAAAUCCACUUUGUCUACGUGUACAUGAAGUUGAUAUACUUAUUAGUUGGUCUAAUUGACUCCUGGCAUCACUAACAUUGUGUUUAAUACUUAUUUUCGUUAACUAUCAUUUAGUCUAGUGGCCAGGACCUGCGACACAGAAGUGUCGUUAGCGCUAUUAAUGUGCUAACAGAGGCCCUGUUACAACUGGUAAUGUUACAGCGAUGCUUAAUGCCACUACAACAUGUUUUUUUACAUCUUGGAUCAACGUUUGAAAAUGUAAAUUUUAUUAUUAGGUGCAAGUAUAUUCUAUCUUAUUUUGUAGUGCAAAUGUUUCAAGACUGUUGGCAAUUUUAUCACAUACAUCAAACAUUGAAAUAUGCUUGUGGUACUAAAUAUGAUAAAUUCAUAUUUCAAGUCUUUCAUAAUGUAGUUAAUAUGUGCAUACUUUAUACCUACAUGUACAUGUGUACAUGUACUUGUUAUAAGUUUGUGUAAUAUGAAUAUUGACUUAAUAUCCUUCUUUUUAAACCAAACUUUGUCUGUGAUAUUAUCAUAAUUACAAAAAUCUGCAAAUUAGAGUUUGGUCAGUUAAAUAAAACAAAUUCAAUAUUUUAUUGGAUUUGUACUUGAUAUCAUAUUUUUAAGCAAUUUUUUGAAUUUUCGUUGAAAAAAAAAAAAAAUGUUUUGUACUUGGGCAAUAACAUUUUGUAAUGUUAUGUUUCUUUGUGUCUCUGGUAUGUGCUUCUCUAAAGUGUAUGAAAUAUGCUUUAUUUGUGUUUUCAAAUCUUUCAAUAAGUAGUGCCAUAUGUAAGUACUGUGUAUAUAAAUAUAUCAUAGGAGUACUGAUUGUAAGUGAUAAGAAAUUUAAAUUCACUAAAGUCAUGUGCUACUUUUUUUUUUUGGGGGGGGGGGCUGUUAGCUACCGGUACAAAUAGUUUUUGUGAGGGUCAACAUUUUAUAAGGACGAUUGCUCCUUUUGUUCACCCCCAUUCCUAUCAAUUAUUUUCAUGCAUUUUUGUAAAUUAUGUUUUAUUAAUAUGUAUCUCCAAUUUGAAGAGUCAUUAUUUGUAUUUUUUUAUGAAGAAAGAAAUAACGUAAACUUGAAUCAUGACUUUUGAUCUAAAGUCAUGUGAUAAUAAAAUUCAUCCGCAAGAAAGAAAUUUAUUAAAGCUAGUGAAUGUCUAUUCAUCUUUCUGAACGUCAUCUGGAAAGUCUAAGCCUCAAUACUGACAAAAGCUCAUGUUUCAAAGUACGGUAAGGAUAUCAUGUUGUUUUUCAUCAUCUAUCAAAAUUGGUAAUUAAACGUGUUCCCUUUUCCUCUAAAAUUAAUAUUUCACAUUGGUAUACCAGAUUUAGCUUUGAUGAAGACCAGAGCUGCCAACCACACUUGACCAAAAAUCAUAUAAUUUCACCCCAAAAAUCAUAUUUUUAGACAAAAAAUCAUAUUCAUACCCGUUGUGUACUUUCUUACUAUACAUCUCAUUAUUUUGUUGUGCUCACUGUAAUUUUCACAUUGUAUAUAAUGUAUAUGACAGGCAAGGCUUGCAAUUUGAACUGUAGAAAGUUGAUAAAUGCGUGCAAAAUCGGGAGAACAUUUUUCAAUAAUGGUUGCCCGAGGUGAAUUUCUGGUGGCCCUGGGCCACCGCUAAUGUCGAGCCUUGCCAUGGCUAUAUUUUCGUAAAAUCGUAUUUUCUUUAGAAAAAUCCUGUCGUAGUUUAAGUGAAAAAUCGUACUAUUUGGCAGCUCCGGAAGACCAUUUCAAAUUUUAACUGAAUGCCCAAGUACUGGAAGUAGAUGGCCCCUCAUCAAAAUCCUAAGGCUAUGUACAUGUUAUUACAAAAUUCAGUAGCCACAGCUUAACCAUUUGCCAGCUGUAACAAAGUGGUCACUGUAAAAAGCCUAUUGCAAUUACAGAAUUCAAUGAUUUAUAAUGUACCAGACAAUCAUCAAUUUGCAGGACAAGUGUUUCAUAAUAUAAACAUUUAUUGUUUAAUAUUCAUAAAGCAUUUUUGUAUUUAAAACAAA